ACCGCACUCGCUGUCCACGCCGCCUCCGCCCGCCCCCGCGGCCCGGGAGCCAUGCUCUCGAGGAAGGGGAUCAUCCCCGAGGAGUACGUGCUGACCCGGCUGGCCGAGGAUGUGCCGGAUCACGCCCGCUACCGCGCCAGGGAGAGGCGGGCGCGCUUCGUGGGCAAGAACGGCGCCUGCAACGUGGCCCACAAGAACAUCCGCGARCAGGGGCGCUUCCUGCAGGACGUCUUCACCACCCUGGUGGAUCUCAAGUGGCCGCACACGCUGCUCAUCUUCACCAUGUCCUUCCUGUGCAGCUGGCUGCUCUUCGGCAUGGUCUGGUGGCUCAUCGCCUUCGCCCACGGGGACCUGGACCACAGCACCCGGCUGCAGCGGGACCCCGCGGAGGGGACGGCGGGCUCSGCGGCCGCCUUCGUGCCCUGCGUGACCAGCAUCCACUCGUUCACCUCCGCCUUCCUCUUCUCCAUCGAGGUGCAGGUGACCAUCGGCUUCGGGGGGCGCAUGGUGACGGAGGAGUGCCCGGCCGCCAUCCUGGUGCUGAUCGUGCAGAACAUCGUGGGGCUGGUCAUCAACGCCAUCAUGCUGGGCUGCAUCUUCAUGAAGACGUCGCAGGCGCACCGGCGGGCCGAGACCCUCAUCUUCAGCAAACACGCGGUGAUCGCGCUGCGAGAGGGCCGCCUGUGCUUCAUGCUGCGAGUGGGCGACCUGCGCAAGAGCAUGAUCAUCAGUGCCACCAUCCGCAUGCAGGUGGUGAAGAAGACCGCCAGCCUGGAGGGCGAGGUGGUGCCCCUCAACCAGAUCGACAUCCAGAUGGAGAACCCCGUGGGGGGCAACAGCAUCUUCCUGGUGUCGCCGCUCAUCAUCUACCACGUGAUAGACAAGAACAGCCCCCUGUACGACAUCUCCCCCAUGAACCUGCACCACCACGAGGACCUGGAGAUCAUCGUCAUCUUGGAAGGGGUGGUGGAGACCACCGGCAUCACCACCCAGGCCAGAACCUCCUACCUGGCGGAUGAAAUCCUCUGGGGCCAGCGCUUCGUGCCCAUCGUGGCGGAGGAGGACGGRCGCUACUCGGUGGACUACUCGAAAUUCGGCAACACGGUCAAAGUGCCCACGCCCUCGUGCACCGCCCGGCAGCUGGAGGAGGACAAGAGCAUCAUGGACACCAUGCCGCUGUCCCCUAAAGGCACCAUAAGGAAGAGGUCUGUCAAGCUAAAGCCCAAGUUUACCAUAAGCGAUGAGCCUUCCUGAUGCCUUCUGUCCGGGAAACUCAGUUAGGGCUCUGUGUCUGAAAGAUCUCAUGAACUCAAAACACUGAGGUGGCCUCUUACAUUUUUUWAAAAUUCAGGUUGGUAGCACAAGGUAUGUUCUGGUGUUAUUUAUUGUGGGGAAAUCUAAAGCUAAUUAUAUUUUUUUAAAGGUGUGAGAGAUUUCAAGCAGAACUGGGAGCAGGGAAAAUCAUGGUCUGCAGCUUUAAAUUUCAAUUCAGACUGUUUAAUUGCACGAUCAUUCUGCAUUGAUUCAACUGCAGGUAAUGACACGUUUUCUCAAAAAAUAAAUAUGUGUUUAUCCUCAGAGAUUGCAGGUUUUAGGGUCUUGCAGUGUUUGCAAGUCAGUAGUUUUUAACUGGUGGUUUUUCUCCUAACUUGAACAAUCAAUAUAGCAAAAUAAAAUAUUAAUAAUUAAUACAGUAAGCUGGAUUUUAAUGAUAACAAAGGGGUCAGGCAAUGACACAAGACCAGAUUUGGGAGUGUCUAUAUAUUAUACUGUAUGUCUCCAAGAAAUUAACUGCUGGAUUUGCAUCAUCCGUAUUUUGUUGUAUGGAGCCUCUCCUACCACAUGCAAUAUGAAAUGUAUUUGAAUAUUUACUUUUGCYUAUUUUAAAAACCUUUCCACUUCCAAAAUAAAACAUUCAGGAGUACMUUUUUGGAUUGUACAUUUCUGAAAGUAAGUAAUGCUUUGCCUUUAAAAGGAGUAGCAUAUAAUAUGCAUUUGAAAUUAAUUAUAAACAGGAAAAAAAUCUGCAUUUUAAUUUCUAAAUGAAGGGAAGCGAUGUUCCCCCUCCCYGAGCCACAUGGCAAUAGGAUACUCAGUACAAAAAUUAACCUCUCCCUUGGGUCAUGGUGAAUUCUGCCAGAUAAUCAGGGAAUAAAAAUAGAAUUACAUGUUUUGAAUGAAAGGACAGUGCUGAACGCUGAAAUUAUAUCUGCAUGCAGUAGGGAAAGCCUUUUACUCUUUUCCCUUUUGUAAAAGAAGCCGAGAUUUUUGUGUUUAGGGGAAGGAGGGGUGUGUAAGACAGCACGGUCACUUCUGGGAUGCUGUGUCACAAAACGCUGAGGGAACGAUUCCCUUUCCAGUUUCAUCUGCCCACCCUUUGCUGCCUCGGUUUUCAGCGGAAUCCGAGAUCUGUCAUUCACCAGCAGACACGAAGGAGCCAUGAUCCCUCUCUCAGUGCCACAGUGACAACAGGAGCAGCUCCCCUUCGCCCACUCCUGCAGAUCCCCUCUCUGAAGGUGCUGCUAACAGCAGCGAGUUUAUUUCUACACAGCGUUAUCAGGGGAUAGCACAGUGUUUGCUUCAUGGCAAACUGCCCCCAGGUAAAAAAGAACAUCAUCCAAAUAUAAAUAAGUAUCACAAAACUGAUCCAGCACCUGGUUACCCAGGCUGUGCAGAGAGGCACCGAGUUACUUUAAACAUAAUUAUUCAAGGAGGAUCUAGUGUCAACCUUGUGUGUUCUGUAGUUCUCAAUAAACAUCUAAAAUGGUUUGUGUUGGCAAUAAUAUGGCAAAUUUCUGAUGCCUUGUCAGUGUAACUAUUUGACAAACUCAUCCAAAACAGUAAGAAAACUUCCCUAGGGACUGCAGAAUAUUUUCAGGCAUUUAUAAUUAAUGUUAGGAUGAAAUCAAAGAUUGGAUUAAAAUACAAAACUAUUUGUUGUAUCUUUGCUGUUUAUGUAUUUCAGUUUUAUGAAGCAUUGUCAGACUGUCAGUUAUAGGAGUAAAUGCCUGCUCGGUUUCCAAAUCCCCAACACACCAAUAUUAUUCUGUGAACAGCUCUGAUAAUGUGAUACGGGUUUCACAACAAGAAGACAGUAAAACCAGCAUUAGCAAGUAGUCAGCAAAGAAAAUUUGGAAAGGCACAUUGUAUAUUUGUAAUCCUAACCCCCCUACUUUUUGAAACAGGCCAUUAUUAAAUG